AAAAAGAAUCAGGAGGGCAAUGAGUACACCUUUAAACCCCAGAACGAAUUAAUUUCAAUUUUUAAAAUAAAUUAUCAAAUGUUGACCGAAAAGGAAAGCUGUAGUGGUGGGCGUGGAAAGGAAAAGGCACCACAUACAACUCUCAAGUCUGUUGGCUUUCUCAUCCUUUCAUCCUUCUCCAUUCAACUUUCACACUUUCUUCACAGCCAAGCUCUGCAACUCUGUUUCAGAUUGAUGGCCGCCACGCCCACUGUCGUCCAGUCUUCUUCAUCCUCAUCGCCCAUAUGGGAUGUAUUCUUGAGUUUCGGAGAAGAAGAUACACGACACAACUUCACACAUGACCUCUAUGCCUCCCUAGUCAAGGAAGGGAUCAAAACAUUCAAGGAUGAUGAGAAACUGAGAAGAGGGGAGCUGAUCUCUGAAGUCCUCGAAGAGGCAAUCAAGGAAUCAAGAAUUUUCAUUGUCAUAUUCUCCACGAACUAUGUUAAUUCCAGAUGGUGCCAAGAAGAACUCACCUUGAUUAUGGAACGCUGGGAAAAGCAUGACCAGAAGGUUUUUCCAGUUUUCCUCAUGGAUGUCAAUCAAUUGAACGUACAGAACCAGAAUUGGAGCUUUGGAGAGCUGGAAGAGCUAUUCGGCCUAGAGAAGGGGGAAAGGUGGAGGUCAGCCCUGAGAACAGCUGCUCAACUCUACGGGUGGUGCUUCAAAGAUUUUGGGGAUGAAGAGAAGUUGAUUCAAAAGAUAGUGAAAGAUGUCAUCCGGUAUACCAAAAGAAAAAAGCAAUUACUAAGGCCUCCUCCUCCAGAGCCUGUGAUAGAGAUCCCAAACAAGCCAGUACUGAAGACCCAGCCAUCAACCGAAAGCAUGCUGCAGCAGAUGUUUGAUUGGAUAUGUGAUCCUGAUCCAUGUCUUGGCAUCAUUGGAAUAUAUGGUAUGGGGGGAGUGGGUAAAACCACUCUAGCCAGAGAAGUAAAUAAUCGCUUCGAAAGAGAUUUGGCUAACGGAGUUAACAUACCUUUUGAGACUGUGAUAAUGGUCACAGUGUCUGCCACUCCCAACAUACGACGUAUCCAAACCUAUAUCAGUAAGCGCCUUGGAUUACCAGAUGAUAGUGAAGCUGUUGCAUUGUUUAGAGCCUUGAUGAAGAAGAAAUUUCUUUUAAUUUUGGAUGAUGUUUGGUCUGAAUUAAUGCUAGAGGAUGUUGGAAUCCCUUGCCUUCCAAAUGACAAAGGGAGCAAGAUCCUAGUGACCAGUCAAAAUCGAGACACAUGCACUGAUAUGGGUGCUACGAAAACAAUUAAUGUGCAUCCAUUAUCAGAAUCCGAAUCAUGGGACCUCUUUGUUGAAAAAGCUGGUAAACAUGUUGCUGUCGACGAUAUAAAACCCUCUGCUGAAAAAAUUGUUCGAAGGUGCAAGGGUCUUCCCCUCGCAAUUGUCAUUGUGGCACAUGCAAUGGCAAAACAACAUGGAGUUGAAAUGUGGGAGAAUGCCUCGAGGGAAAUGAAGCAAUCAGACAAAGAUCUCCGAGGUAUGAUAGAUGAAGUACUUCUUCCUUUGAAAUUCAGUUAUGAUAGUUUGGACAAUGAAAUGCUCAAGAGUCUCUUUCUCUACUGUGCCUGUUUCCCUGAAGACUAUAACAUAAGGGGAGACCUAGACGACAUGUUAAAUUAUUGGGUUGGAGAGGUAAUAGUAGAUCAGUUAGGGAGUUUGAAAGCUUCAAGGGAUAAAUUUGAGGAUCUGAUUCAGAGUUUGAAAAUUUCUUGCAUGUUGGAAGAUGGGGAGGAGAAAGGUAGUGUGAGGGUGCAUAGUAUCAUGCGAGACCUUGCACUUUGGAUUACUUCUUUAGAGUACUCUGAUAGUAGCAUCAAGUUCUUGAAUAGGACAGGUAUAUCAGUUAAAGAGGCACCAAAGGCUCAUGAGUGGGUAAAUGCAUCAAGGAUUUCCUUAAUAGAUACCCAAAUAAAGAAGUUCCCAGAGUUGGGAGAGGCAUGCCAAAAGCUAACUGCUUUCUUAUUCAGGGAAAAUAAGCACUUCAGUGUUAUUCCCCAAACAAAUUUCUUGCAACACAUGGGGCAUCUUAGAGCACUCGAUCUUUCUAGGUCACAGAAUUUAGCAUCUUUCCCAAAUUCCUUGUCGUGUUUGGUGAAUAUUCGGGUGCUUAGGCUACAUAUGUGCAAAAGGUUGAGAGCAUUGCCUUUGCCUGUACUAGGAAUGCUCCGGCAACUCCAAGUUUUAGAUUUGGGUUGGUGCUCUCAGUUGGACCAGCAAAUCCUCGGAGGAUCUGAAUGUGAGAGAUUAAGAUACUUGGAUGUGAAAUUUUCCAAAGUUUCUAUUCCAGCUGGGGUAAUUUCUGGUUUGGACAAUUUAGAGGAAUUAAGAUUUUAUGCAUCGAAUAAAAUAAAAUGGAGAGUGAAUUCUGGUGAAGAAGAUGAAAAAAUGGAUGGGAGUGAGUCCACUAGUGGUGAGUCAAUCAUUGAUGUGAGGGAGUUAUCCUGCUUGACCAAUUUAACAUCUCUUACCAUUUCAUUUGAAGAUAUCAUUAUUUCUGAUUGGUUCAAACCUUUGGCUAACAAGAUUAUUGCCUUGAAUCUGAAUCAUUGCACAGUCGAAAAACAAGAUUCUCUAGAAGCUCUCAACCUCGAUAAAUCCCAAAAUCUAUGGCAGUUAAUAAUUGAGGAUUGCCCAGUAGUUGAGAAAUGUAAUAGCUUGAAGAUGGUCUUCACGGAGGAAAUGCCACGCCUAUUUAACAACUUGAAGGAAAUUAGAGUUGGGUAUUGUGUGAGAGUGGAAGUACUUAUUGAAGCAGAGGAAGAGGAAGAAGAAUAA